AUAACUUCAUAAAAUAUAUUGUUGGUGUUUGUUUCACUUUUACAAUAAACAGUCUCAGAUACCUCGUACAGAACCUAACUCGAAGAAAUUAUGAAUCAAUUUUUUUCUUUGCUAUUACUUGUUUCGUUGAAAAUGAUUUCUUCGAAGUAUAUUGAAGGCGAAAUCAAUACAAAAGAGGAUUGGGUUUUCCUCACGAGAUUUUGUUUUUUAUCUCAUCAAGGGCAUUUCGAAUAUCAUAUUGAAUUCAAUGAAGAGAAUGGGGACCCAAACCUAUUAUUAUAUUAUGAUACCAAAGAUCAGUGGCCUUCCGUUUAUAAGACACAAAAGACAUGUACGGAAAAAGAAGCCGUUGUUCAUGUGGAACAAAAUCAAGUGAUCAAUUUGACUGCUCGAUUACCAAAUUAUAAGACGCUUGCAGGAUGUACUUAUAUGAAUGAAAGGAAAACAGGAAUAAAUGUUAAAGGUAGAAAAAAUUCGGAUAAAACAUACACUAUUACUCUGCCAACGUUACCAUCAAGAAGAAAGACAAAAACUACAACAAGUACCCCAGAAGAGCAACAUACUACCAUUUCUGAUUAUUCAACGUCAACAAUUGAAUAUUACAGAGAUUCUACAUACAGCAAUGAAUUUUCGACAGAAACUCCAUUUGAAUUUAGCCAAGAUGGAUAUGAAAUUCUUGAAACUACAACGAACGUGGAUUCAAUGAAGAAAACGAAAAAGAUAAUAAUAAAAAGGUCCAUUCCUGAACCGAAUAACCAAAAUCCACGAAGAAACGUUUUGUGCCAGAAUGGACGAAGUUUUACUAGUUCAAGGGAAAGGUGGUGGUUCAUAGCACUGAGCAACUGUAAUAGCCUUAAGGGCAUACACGUGAAGUACAGAAUACUGAUGACAAAUGGCCCCCCAGGAGAUUACUGGCAUGAGCAUCUUUCUGCAGAUGAAUUCUAUAUUCUACCAAUCCUUACAAUUUUUUCAGUAGUUUAUACAGUACUUCUAUUGGUAGUCGUGAUUAGUGCCUUUGAACUGAAAACCAGACAAUUACUCCAUACCACGUACAGAAUUUUCUUCGUAUCGGUUGUUCUACAACUAUUUGGGAUACUUUUACAAACUAUUGCUUAUUUGAAAUAUGCAUUGACAGGCUUAAAUCCAAUAAAAAUUAAAAGGUUUGGCUCUAUUUUAAUGGGGGGAUCAGAGACAUAUUUCCUUCUGUUGCUUCUUUUACUGGCAAAAGGGUACACUGUUACAAGAGGACGUUUACCAGUUUCAUGUAGCAUAAAGCUAACAAUUUUUAUGUGUACUUAUAUAGUGACAUACGUAACAAUAUUUAUUUACGAAUCAUUGGUUUUCGAUCCAGGGGAGGUGUUGUACUUAUUCGAAUCUCCCGCUGGAUACGCUUUAAUUAUUUUAAGAAUGUUGGCCUGGUGUAUGUUCAUUUAUUCAACAAUAUUCACUUUGAAACAUUAUCCUGAGAAGAGUAACUUUUACUAUCCUUUCAACAUAUGUGGAACACUAUGGUUUAUUGCAGGACCUGUAUUCAUUUUAUCAGGAAACACUUACAUUGAUAAAUGGGUUCGAGAAUCCAUAGUUUGUGCAAUGUUACUGUUUAUAGCUUUUGGUGGACAUCUCAGUUUUUUAAUACUUACCAUGCCUUCAGUAGCCAAUACAAAUUUCCCAUUUCAUGUUCGUACCACUCAAAUUGGAGUUAUGGAAUUGAAUCCAUCAAACGGAACAACAAUAGAAAAUUUUAUGCACCAUCCAUAUGAACCAACAAUAGCAGAACAAACAAUAAUUAUACCUUUAACUAGAAGGACUGAAGAAAUUUUCGAAGGCAUGUAUAAUCAGCAAGGAUUCAGUGGUGUGAAGAAAAAUGAUGAAACUGAAGGGAUCCAAAAUCAAAGGGACAAUAUAAUGGAAAAUGUAAUGAAUUGGAGUGUGGCAAAAAAUCCACCUCCAGUAGACUAUUCACAGUUUUCUGGACAUAAAAGAGAAAGUAUAGCUUCCAGCAAUUCAGUGAUGUCCAAUGGUUCAUUUAAGAAUGAAAAUAGAAGAGAUUCAUUAACAAAUCAAACAGUUUAUGCUGGAAGAUAUGCAGAUUAUGUUCAGGAUGUUCCAAUUGAUCUUUUCACAAUUAGUAAAAUGUCAAUGAGUACUCAUAAUUCAAUAAGUAGACAAAACACAGGUGAAGAAAAUCAUGACCAAUGAACAAUGUGAAUAGAAAUAUUUUCCUAGAAAAAUAUUUUUGAUCAAUUACCUUUUACUACAGAACAUAUACAUGUAAUAAUUUGAUUGACGUAACAUGGUAUUCUUAAUAAAAAAUAAAGUUGUGUUUUACUUA